CGCCCCGCACGGCUGCACUGCCUCGGCGGUUGUCAUUCUCCGCGGCGCGGCGGCGAGUGCCGAGUGCGGCGCGUGCCUGCCUUCCCGCUCGCUUGUCGGCGCGGCUGCGAUGUGAUCGAUCGCCUGGGAGCGGGCUGGCAGCUCUCCCCGCUACAGCGCCUCGGCUUUUCCCUGGCCGCCUUCCUUGUUGAGCCCCGAUUCCCUCGGAGCCGGAGACACGCACCAGAGGCUCGAAGCGCCGCACUCCGGGGCGGGCGGCAGCUGCAGCGCUCGGGACCGCGCGGCCGGGUGCAACCUCUGUCGUCGCCGCCGCCGCCGCGCUUGGCACCGCGGAGCCAAGGCGGCUGGUGCAGAGCGGCAGCACCUCGCCCCGCACCCGCCGCCGCCCGGGCGGUGCGGGGCCGCGGCGCUCUGUGCGCAGCGGGAGUGCGGUCCCCCCCGAAGGCUCCCUGUCGCCUUCGUCCCACUCCCAGCGAGGAGGCACUAAGAAGACCACGUGGUCAGGGGCCCCAUGAGAAAGCACGAGGCCGUUCUCGUUUCAGCCAGUGAGUGCAACUUCAGAGCUGGGAGAGAGCGAUUGCAAGGAGUGGAAUUACUGGGUAAAAUCACUCGAUGUUUCACUUUUUGAGGAACAACCAGGCUGUUUUCAAAGUGGCUGUACCAUUUUACAUCCCCAUCGGCCAGGCCAAGAAGGAAGGGAGAACAUUCACCACCACAACGUUUCAAAGGGAAUACAUUGCCAGCAUUUUGAAUACUUAUUUGGACAAACCUUUCUUCAAGGAGGACGCAGCCCUCUGCCCCCAUGUCGCCACCUUGGAAGGACUGACCAAAUCCAGCAGCCUGUGCCACUUCCCACCCACCAUGGGACCCGAGGGAAGCUUGCUGAGUGGGGGACAAAUGCAGAUCACCCUGUGGGGAAGCCUGGCAGCUGUGGCCACCUUCUUCCUCAUCACCUUCCUCAUCUUUCUGUGCUCCAGUUGUGACAGAGAAAAGAAGCCGAGACAGCACGGCGGAGACCAUGAGAACCUGAUGAACGUGCCUUCCGACAAGGAGAUGUUCAGCCGUUCAGUUACCAGCCUGGCCACAGACGCGCCUGCCAGCAGCGAACAGAAUGGGGCACUCACCAACGGUGACAUUCUUUCAGAAGACAGCACCAUGACCUGCACGCAGCAUUACGAGGAAGUCCAGACCUCAGCUUCAGAUCUGCUGGACUCCCAGGACAGCACAGGGAAGCCAAAAUGUCAUCAGAGCCGGGAGUUGCCCAGAAUUCCUCCUGAGAGCGAAGUAGACACGAUGCUCAAUGGAGAAAGCGCGGACGGGGACCAGGGUCUGGGGAUGGAGGGGCCGUAUGAAGUGCUCAAGGACAGUGCCUCACAAGAAAAUAUGGUGGAGGACUGCUUGUAUGAAACUGUGAAAGAAAUUAAGGAGGUGACGGCCGCCGCCCACUCAGCUGGAGGCCACAGCAGCAGGUCGAAGUCAACUUCCACUGUGAAAGAGCUUCCGGGGCCCCAGGCCAGUGGCAAAACAGACUUUGCCGAAUAUGCCUCCGUGGACAGAAACAAAAAGUGUCGACAAAGCGCUAAUACAGAGAGUAUUCUUGGAAAUCCACGGGAUCCAGAAGAGGAGGCGCCACCCCCUGUCCCCAUUAAACUUCUGGAUGAAAAUGAAAACCUUCAGGAAGAGGCAGAGAGUAAAACAGGAGAAGAAGGGGCCGCCGAGGGGACCAGUGAAACCAACAAGAGAUUUAGUUCGUUGUCAUACAAGUCCCGGGAAGAAGACCCAACUCUCACAGAAGAAGAGAUCUCGGCAAUGUAUUCAUCAGUGCAUAAAAAAGGACAGCCAGGGAACAAAUCAGGACAGUCACUUAAAGCACCAGAGUCCACCUAUACCUCCGUCCAAGGAGCCGCUCCGAGGUCGCCCUCUUCCUGUAACGAUCUCUAUGCUACUCUUAAAGACGUGGAGAAAAUUCCCAACAGCGUCAGCACUCUUGCAGCAGCAGGGAGGCCCAGCGGCGAGGAUCCCGAACCAGAUUACGAAGCAAUACAGACUCUAAACAGAGAGGAAGAGAAAGCUGCCCCGGAGACCCACAGCCACCACGGCCUUUUCCCAAAGGAGAAUGACUACGAGAGCAUCGGGGACCUGCAGCAAUGCCGAGACAUCACCAGGCUCUAGCAGCCCGGAAGACAACCCAGCUAGCGUAGGACCAGCCGGCAGGGCCAGUGCUGUUGCAGAACACAAGAAGCAGUGUCAGCCACACUGCAUAUGCUGCUUUCGGAAAAGGAAGAUGACUGGAGAUGCCGAAACCGCUUCUCAGUUUGGAGAACAGUGAGGUACACACCCUACUGCCAGGGCACGGGCACACCCAAGCACACCUCCCUCAUAUACCCACACCCUCUGGAAGGAUCCCAGCUGUCGGUGGUCUCACCCUCUUUGUGAAGAAAGCCACAUAGUAAGGAAGAAAAGCACUCAUCCGAAACCACCGCUCACCUGCCUGAAACACUGCCACUCCCAGGGGCCGGGUUUCUCUCCCUUUCUCCCCUUUCUGCUGCCUGCUACUAACGGUAAAAUGAACGGCUUUUUUCCCCUUGAAAUCUUCUGAUUUAUAAUGGUUCAUUCCAAGGAUAUUCUCCCACCAGCCUGGCCUUUGCCUUCAAUGUGGGUGUUUUUCGAUGGUAAGAAAUUGUGGUUGCUGCUUCCCUACCGCUCCCCAGUCCUCUUCAAGCAGCUGCCCCUGGGAACCGGGACCGGCCAGUGGAUAGGAUUGGAGAUGCCCCUUGAGCUUCUUAGCUCUUCAUUCCUUCUGAUUCGGGCAGUCCAUGUCAGCAGCCUCUCCCAAAGUACUUGAAGUCAUUGUUAGAUGCUUUAUUUUAUUUUUAUAGUCAAAAUGGUUUUUUCCCCAGUAUUUGAAACUCUUCAGAGCCUUCAAUGAAUAUCGUGGUACUUCCAUACUUCUUUUGGCCCAGAGCUCAUUCCUCCAAAACAGAGAGCCUUAAUCUCUAUGUUGGGACACAGACCACAUGUUUGGAUGGCAGCCACGGCUUCCAUUUCCCAAGGGCUGUGAACUUGAAUGUGUAUUUCUGAUGACCCCCGCUGCCACACCAGCCGUGCGGGAUUUCAUACAUGAACUGCUCCCCUAAGGUAAUCUAUCUGAGAUUAAAAUAUAGACAUUUAUUUUUGUUAUAUAAAUUUAUAAGGUAUUUUAUGUUUAAUGCCUAAUUUCUAGAAAGUGCCAGAUAAAAUGUAUAUUAACUAUUUUGAUUUGAUGUACAAUGAUUUGUAUUCUCAUUUUGAAAAGACACCAUAAAGCACAUAAGCCGGAUAAUUAGGAGUAGUUGUUACCUUUUUUCUAACCAAGUGUUGAAAACACUGAAGGUUUUUAAAGACUUGACUUUUCAAGUGGUACUUGGAGCUCCUGGUCAAAUCAUCCGGCUCACUGGAGAAAUAAGUGGAAUAAACAUAAAUGAUCAUUUUCAAUGGUUUGUGGUGGGAAGUACUGAAAUAUUUGACAUGCUAAAAAUGGAAGGAGGAACAAGAUAUGACUAGGGAUGACUGUGAACAAUUAACCUCGAGAAGGUAUUAUAAUUUCAUUAAGUUUUAGCUACUUUUUUAAGAAAAAGGUGAUGAAUUCUGCAGCCUGGUGCUUGCAAAUGUAAAUUGCCUAUUGGGACUUUUUUUUUCCCCUUCAUUUUACAAAAAUCAGUUGCUGAAAUAACUCAGAUUGAGAGCUCAGCCUGGUUUGAAUUUAAUCAUCUCUCUAGAUUUUAUAAGGCCAACAUUGGGAAGCUUGUUCACUUUUCAUUUUAAAAUGAACCUGGUUGAAGUGCUAUUAUGCAGUGUGGGCUACAGAAAAGGAGCUUUUCCUGCACUGCUAAAGAAAAAUAAAAAGAGGCAAUUAUUCUGUACUGCUGUGACAUCUGUGACUUUUCAGAUUGAAUAAUCUUGCUGUUUUCGCUCAUUAUGAUAAAGAAUGCAAUUGGGAGGAUGAAGCAUCUUGAAAAUUGUAGGGACCAGCUCCCGGGCAUGUUUUUUUCCAUUCCUUGCAUUCAUGGCGUGAUUUUGUGACUGCUCUGUAAUAUGUUUCUGAAAUUGUAAAGUAGCUCGGUUGGGGUAAAUUGGUUGGUUGUCGUUAUUUUUCAGUGAGCCUGGUCUCUCCCAUGAAGACUUCAUGUGUAUAAGCACAAUCAUCAUUGAUCAAAAGAUCAUGGCGGAAUAACCUUGGAUUAGGGAGAAGUUUAUCAGGAAGGUGCAAGGCCCCAUGCUCUCUGAAUUCACAUCCUUUGUAAGCACUGGUUCGCCCAGUGAGUCUCAUGGCUUAGUGUGAAUGAGUUUGACCCGACAAUCUUGACUCUGUGGGGUUGCAUUGUACCUGGUGACAGCCAUGUCACACUGCACACCUAGCAUUGUGCAUGCUGCAGGCUUGUCCCUUAUGAGCCCCUGACUGCUCAAAAGUUGUAAUUCAUGAUGUCUUACUUAUUGCCAGGGUGUGAUCUCUAAAGGGUAAAACCAUUUCUAGGUAGAGAAGCUCUUUAUAAAUAGUCAUAUCAUCCUGAAAUUUCAUUUUCAGAGUUCCCCCAGAAGUUUCAAAACCAAGGCUAUGCCUUAUGGCCAUAAAGUAUGCAAUGAAAUAUCUCUCUUGACUUGAAAACCUGUGCUAAGAAUAAGUUGUGAUGUAAAGUAUUGAAAGGAGCUCUAAGGCCCUCCAGAACAAAUCCUAAAAGAAUAAGUGAUAGCACAGUCCGUGAGUGUCGGGGCGGGGGGGGAGGGAGAAGCAGAAUAAACUUCAGGAGAUGGCUCUGCUCUUUAGAGCACUGGGUAACUUACUGAAGUAUAUUUAUUGAUGUAGCAUCACUGUUUGGACCCUAAAGUACAGUAUUUCAUAAACUUCAUCACUUUUUACUUUAUUUGUUGAAAGUUUGUGCUAGAAUCUUUGAGUUGGAAGCCUAUGGCUUCUUUUAAAAAACAUUUCAUCCUGAAUUAAAUGCUACAUAGUUUAAAUAUAUGAAAGGAUAUUAUAAAAAAAAAAGAGUUUACUAUAUCUUUAAAAUGUUGACACCCAUAUUAUGUAUGCAUUCAACUAUAAUAACCUAGGUAGGUGAAAUUUAUACAAAAAGAUAAAAAUACGUUUAGGAAUUUUUUUUUGUCUUAUAAAUCAGAAUUAUAAACCUAUCUUGCCUAAAAGUAGGAUCUUUGUUUUUAUUCAGAUAUUUUGAAAGUUUUGAAGAAAUUUUUGUCCUGCUUUUACUGUUUCUCAAAUAUUGUCAGCAGGGAAGUGUAACCUGUUUUAUAUGAAAUGUUUGAGGAAAUUUUAAAUUCUAGAAGAAAGUAAUUUUUGCAAAUAUGUUUGCCACAAAUUUUUUUUUCUUGCCCUGCAUUAAAUUACAUCAUUAGGGCUAUUAAAGCUUUUGAGGGUACCACUCUUCGUGGGAAAAAGGCUAAUUACUCAUUUCUCUGCCCUUAAAAUCCAAGAGUUAAUUCUAAUUGAGUGCUAAAUUAACAAUAAGUAAACACAAAGAGCUGAAAUUUAACCUCAGCAUGUCACUAGAUCUGUUUCUCAUAUUUGAUUUUCAUUUUUCGAAUUAGAGCAUUUACUUACUUUUACCAGUAACUAUAUAAAAAAAAUAUAUAUAUAUAUGUUGUAUAAAUAUGAUACACACACACAUCCAUAUAUACACACGUAUAUAUAUAAAGUUGCUCUGGUGCUUAAUUAAUUAGGAUACAUCCUGUCAUUUAUUUUGAGUGUUUAUCCUACUAGUGUAAUGACUAUUGUCAUAAAAGCAGAAUAGAAGAAACAGUUCUCCAAUCAUUUUCAUUUGUAAUUACAGGAAAACCAUCUUAAGUUGCCCUCAUUGAAUUUUUCUAGUUAAUGAAUUCAGAUUUUAAACUAGGUCCAUCAUUCUCUUAGCUGAAAAACAGUGGUACGUUUAAAUAGUUUUAUUCAUGCAACUCCCUACAUAUUCAACCUGACAAAAGGGAAUGAAAAUAGGUGUCCUCUUCAGACAGGCAUUUGAAGACAGAUUUGGCCAAAGGCAACAAGAGCCCCGUGAGCCAGGAUGGCGCCAUGGCCAGGUAACCUGCCCACCGGGGGGCAGAAGCAGGGACCCGUUAUUACAUGAGGGCAUUUUAUUUCCCUGUCUUCAAAAACCAUGAGAUUUUAGCACAGAAUCAACAGGCAGUGGUGGAGGAUGCUGUGCAGAAGAGCCACUCUGAGAUGGUGAUGUAACAUGGCUAGAAUCCCAGAGCCUCAGUUCAAGACUGACUUAGGAUUUUGUAAAUGCUCCUUGUAAUAGUUGCCAUGAGUCCACGUGUUCUAGUGAUGCCAUUCUUCUGAAAGUGUUGAUUUCUGGUACCCAGCUAGCUUAGCUUUGGCUGCGGGAAGCACAGUAGGUACCCAUGGUUAUUUCCUGGAAAUCUUGGCAGGCUUAUUGUACUGUGUAACUGGGAAAAGUUAAAGUGUAAUGUUUAGUGUUAAUAAGUGACUGAUGUGAAAGUAGGAACAUGUGUCUAUAAUAUCAAAUAUGGCUUUAUUUGCAGUGAAGUCUAAAUUUCUUGUCCUGUAGUAGUAUUUUCUUGCUCUGUGUUGUACCUUUUCUUAAAUACAUUAUUCCUGACAGUAUCAUUAGAUGAGUUGUAUACACUUAGAAAGUGUUUGACUAGAAGAGAUCAAUCCAGAAACUGUGUUAAAUUAGAGUCUUCAUCUGGAAUCACCAUAGUAAAUUAAAUAAAAUCAUGGUCCGGAAGAGAACAAACAUUCAUAAAGGGUUUUUUUUUUCCUACUGCUCAUUUUAAAGUUGUAUUUACAUCCAGUCUCUGAUAUUUAUAAAGUAUUUCAUUGUUUUUCCAGGCUCUUCUUUUAUUUAACUAGGAAAUAGUAGUUCAGAUUUUUCUUAAUGCCAGAUGAAAUGAGAAAUACAAUUUUUGCUUAAAAAAGGCAAUUUUUUAAAAAGCAUUCAAUUUGGUAAUCAUUUAUCUUAAUGCAGUUAGAUUUGACUUUUCUUUGCUCGCCACUUAUAUACUAUGGGUGUUUUUUAAAAAUGUAUUGUGCUCUGUCUCAGAUCACCUUGUGUAAUGGAUUGUAAAGGUUGGUAAUUGUCAUUCCUCAGACUUCUGUAUAUUAAAUUGGCAACAGUAAAAUAGUUUAAUGUCAUUACCUCUUAAAUAUUGCAUUGUAUUAACACGCUUCAUGUUUUCAGGGGGAGUUUGAAAUAUAACUAAACAAAUAGGAAUUUACAUUUCACUGUGCGUGCAUUUUUUUCCUCAUAAAAAUAGUUUCCAAAAAAAGUGACAUAUUAUCUGUUAGGUGGUCCCAGUCAUUUUCAGAGUACUCCUGUUACUCAAAAGUAAUUCAUGACAGUUAGCAUCAUUGUGACUCAUUGUCUCAAAAAGGUCUGUGUAAUGGUCAAAUUGUCCAAUUCACAGAAGAGUGGGAAAGUUGUUUUCAAUAUUGCGAGUGUUCUUCACCUUCUGUCACCUUGCAUAGCACCACCCCGGCCCCUCUGUGUCUGCUACUCCCAGUCCAUUCCAUUCCCUCUUUUCUAAUACCGAUUGCAAUCUUCAGUAUCACAGACGCGGCCUGGCAGCAUGGAAACCGUUCCCCAGCACCUCCUGGCACGAAGACAGCUCUGCCCAGCUCACGUGUGGGCUAUCUCGAUAAGGCACAGAUCCCCCUGGGGAAGCAGAUGCCGGGUGUUAUUUGCCAUGAACUUUGCUAAACCAUGUACACUCUUGCCCACAUCUUUCGUGAGAAUGGUUGGCACUGAGGAUCCAUGGAGAAGAACUUUUUAAAAAUUCUGUUGAGGACUCAGACUCACAAAUGCAGAAAAAUGAGCACUGUGCUCUAACCAGGUAAGCUCACAGGUCCCCUACAAGGUAUUGAGAUUGGAGGGAAAUCCCUGGAACAGCAGACCAAUAGCUGCCCAUAAAGUAGAAGGGCACUGAUUAUUUUGAGAGGGAAAAAAAAACCCAAAAAACUCUUUUCUGUAAGAAUUAAUCACUUCUAGAGUAAAUUAUGUGUAACAUUUCUUAGCCACGUAGCUAUUGCACCCCAUCCCCUGAGAAACAGUGCUUAUGAGUUAUGUGAGUUAUAACUAGUUUGAGCUCCUCUCCAGGUCUCAAGGAAAUGAGAACGUUCAAGCAUCUGACUCUGGAGUUACCAGAUGUUGAACAUAACUUGGCCAUUUAUAGGCAAAAUCCCUGCUGUUUGGUGAUGUUAGGUGAUCCAGUGGCUGAGGGUCUCACGUUCUGCACACCUGAGGAUCCAGAAUGUGUUUAGUUUUGAUUCUUUUAACCUUCACUCUCAUCAUAGCUUAUUUGAAUGGGUAUCUAGAGUGUAAUAUUUUUUUCCAAAUUAACAGAACAGAUAUGUUCAUUCUCAUUAUACAUUUAAUUCUUAAAAGCCUAUCUAGUAUAUCAGUUAGGCACCCUUCACAGGACAGUUAAGGCUAAAACAGAGAGACCAGUCUCGUCCCCUGGAGCCUGCAUUUCAGAACCGACUUGUCGCAACGUCUGGUUUUAUUUUGUUUUGUUUGUUUUUUUAACUCAACAAGUGGGAAACAAUGAGUGUAAACAAACUCUUUCCUUUUCCUUUUUUAAGCUUAAGGAGAAAAAGAAAUGUAAUUUUAGCUCCUCAUUUAGGUAGUAAAGGCUUCCCUGACAGACAGCAGUGCCUUUCCCUAGGCAAAGAGACUAGAACCAAAGGCCUGAGUCGGUCUUUGAACAUUCCUUUGACAAGUUUUUAUGUAUUUUUAAUGUCAGACCCAUAGAUGAACCUGACAUGAUGAUCAUGACCCAUCCAGUAAGUGUGCUUGCUUUUUUCGCAUUCAUCUUUUUAAAUAUAAGCUUCUCUGUUUUUCCUGGAGCCGUGCUCGAAACUUAACUCCUGUGGGCUACUCCGCGGCUGCCUCCUGAUGUCCUGGAGAUUUGGUGGCACCAUCAGCAGUGCUUUGCUCUCAGGGAGAAGCUCGUGGAACGUGUUGGGAAAGUUGAAUUUUACAUCCACGUCAACAGGCGUUUGAAAGAGUCCUGUAUGCCUCAGAUUUUUGACCCUUUUUAAAAUUUUUUCUUUAUUUUUUUUCUGAGUACCAACUACAUAUUUGAUUCUCAGGGGGUGGGUAGGGCAGGAAUUAGAAGUAAAAUUUGAACUAAGUGAUGUGGGAAAGACUUCCUGCCCCUGUGUGUGUGACUCUGGAAAAUAUUUUAUUCCAAUGCCCUGCCUACCACUCUGAGUCUCUUGAGAAGCACACCGUAAAUGUAUAUAAGAUUGAGAAAGAAUAUCUCAAAGACUUAAAUUAUUGUUUAGGUAUUUUUUUCUUUGUAAACUCAGGAAUAAACCUGGUUUGUGCAUGGCAGAAUAUGGCUACCAAAGCUAUAAUUUGUAGGUAACUAGGUGCAUUCUUUCAAAUAUAUUUCAUUCUAACUUUUUUAAAAACUGGGGAAAGAAACUCCUAGUAAUGAAAAACCAAAACCAACAAGAGACUUCCAUAAACUCUUUCUAGAAGAACAUAGUAUCAGUCUAACCUCUGCCCCAGAGUGUUUGUUUCUUGCCUAUAGUAUUUCAACAAUUUUUAUGGGAGAAAAAAAUGCACGUUUUUAUGUCUUGGAAAAAUGAAAAGUAUUGAAUUAAAUUCUCAGAGGGGACAGUUUAGUUUAAAGAGAAGCAUUGGUUUUGGAGAUCAACUCAUGGCUCUGUGGUCCCCGUUCCAGCACUGACUUUACUGUGUGACCUUGAGCAAAUGAUUAACUACUCCGUACCUCAGUUUCUCCAUAUACAAAAUGGGGAUAAUGAUACCAACCAUUGCCUACCUCAUAGGGAUGUUAUGGGGGCAAAUGAGAUAAUAUAAAUACAAAUGCUUUGAAUUCUGUAAGAAAGGUGCUAUAUAAGUUGAAAUUGUGUUAUUUUUAAUGAUCCAAUUAUUAAUUAUGUUUAAGGUUUAACUAAUAGCAAUACUGUUAGUCAUGUUAAGAAUAAGUUUCAACUUGAUGCAUAUUUACAAUUCUCUUCUGUGGCCAGAUCUUGAUCAUUUAUCCAGUAAUGGUACCUAAGGAACUGAAAUGGAUAUUUGUUUUCUGUGUAUUUUUGCCCAUAGUAUUUCUACGCUGUAUGUUCCCAAAAGGCUGGAGUUCAACUUGUCCUAUCUUAUAGUUUACAUGUAAUGAACCUUACUCAAGCUGUAUAUAAAAGUAUAAUUACAUGUAAAUAGCAGGUGCAUUGUAAUUAAAGGCACUUAUCAACU